UGUCGCCUGUCGUAGUGUGCUGCAGCAGAAACGAUAGAGUGACGAGACUGGUGAAGACUUUUCUCCAGUAAACUUGCUUCUACUUUUCACAUGAAUAAUAGCUGAACUCCGCCCAGUGCAAGUUUUGAUCGAUCCACAAUCGAUUAUCGCGUUCCGUUCAGAUAUGCGCCAGGUUCUGCAUUAAUUAUCCAACAAAAAGCAGAAAUUUUGUGUGGCCCAAAUUCAACAAAGACUGAUUCACUCCUGCCAAAAGGUAAGCGCGACACGGAACGAAGGUGUAAGGUAAUUGAGGAAAGAAAUAAGGCUAAACGAAACACCCAACAACCAUCGGGAAGAAGAGACACACCAAGUGAGUAAGAGAGGUCAAGGGAAACAAAAAAAAAAUACCUUUAUCGUACUUUCUUCGUCUGCACGAAAAUCGCCCAGUGUGAACUAAUAUAGACAGUGCAGAGGGAAAUUCUAGUGCUAAUACUGCAAGGAUAGCGCAAAUAAAUGGUGAUGGAAUAAUGCCGAUGCGAAAUUAUCUUGAAGGCAAAUGGGAAUUUGAUUUUCUUCUGUAUGACAUCGUUCGCCGCAGAAGUAUGUUUUAGUUAGUUUAGUGAAAGUGCGAAUUGGCCUGAAUAUUGAGGCUGACAUUUUCUCAUUCAUAGAGAGGGUAAGAAGGAUUUUCUUUCGGCAGGAAAAUUCCAACAAAUAGUGGAACGAAAAUGUCCAACCAUAUUCAAAACGUCGAUGCAGCAUUGAUUGCACAAAUGCAUCAGUUGCGACUAGAGGGGAACACCUCAGGAACAAGUGCAGUACGGAUGGUACCACCCCAAGCAGUAGCACUGCAGGGACUACCAAGAGCUCAACAUAUGGGUCAAUUGCAGAUGGAAAAUCAUUACGUUCCCGUUACAGCCGCACUCGGGCAGGACAAUUCCAUAAAAGAUCCUCGAAUUUACGAAAGGUUUCGGAUGAUGGAAGCUUCGUCAGCCGGUAGAAAACCAAGUGAUAUUGCGCAUGUUGGAUAUUAUCGUGUAAGCAAUAGCCCCACCCAUUCGCUAGGAGGGUCAUCACAUCAUUCAGGUGGUGGAGGAAGUCCACGAACGAUUGCACCCCCAUCAAUGCCACAGUACUAUGACCCUCGUUAUCAGGCAGUGUACGAGAAUAUAGACUACUAUCCGCCAGUGCAACCGCAGCAAAUAGAUAACUUUAUAUACGAUCGAAAAUUUGAAUCGAGCAACGUAAAAGCUCAACCUCAAGUUCCAGUCGGAACAGGAAUGCCUCAAAUAGCAUCAAACGGAAGCGCUGGUCGAUAUGCUCAUACUCCUCAGCCUCCCGAGCUGCAUGAACCACUUCCCAUCUAUGAAAACCUUCAUGGCGCUACUGGCCAACAAGCUCAACCACAGGCUUCCAAAGCUUCAACGCAAAUCUACUAUCAUAGGAAUGAAGCUAGCAGCCCGCAAGUAGCCCAGAAUCAGCAAUAUCAAAGUGGUGACCUGCCGAUCUACGAAACAACCGUCGUAAAUCCCAGUGCAAAUUCGCGAUACGUUACGGUCAGCCAGGGAGUCCCGGCGGGAACCUAUCAGCAUUCGCCAACCAGCAGCAAUAUUUCGUUGAAAAUUGCUCAACAACCUCAGCCAGUUCACUUGCCGAAUGUAAAGUACCACGCGACCGGCGUUCCAAUUUCAGCGGCACUUCCCUAUGACUACCAGAAAUCACCCAAACAUUCAUCAGCCCCAUCUUUGCCACCGAAAUCCGCCGAUGCUGGCAAAUCCCAGCAAACUAAAACCAGCUCUCCCUCGAGAAGCAGUUCCACUUCCGGGGCAGCCUCCCUCAACAAGUCAGCUGUCGAAGACAUAAAUGGAUCCGAUUAUGUUUGCAUGACCGGUGGUAGUAAGUAUCAGCAGCAUACCCAACAAUCUGGCAAAUCCUUUCCAAGUGGUGCGACAGGAUCCACUGGACAAGCGUCAUCCCCUUCUUCGGCCGGUCAUGAACGUCAUUACGCAACGUUGCGCGAUUUAGACAGCGCAUCCGGUGGCAAACCGUCGGCUGCAACGAACUCAGCUCCGGGCAGCAGAUCUGGCAGUGCCCAAAGCUCCUUUUCCGGGUUACCGACAAGCAACACUAACCACACUGGGGGUGGUGCCGGUGGUGGUGGAGCGAAUGUUAACAGAAACACUUCCGCAGUUUCGCCAACUCCGUCGCAGCUAAGUACAGGCAGUGGAUCCGGCAAACGCUUGACAAAGAAUCUGCUGCCCUACAACGUGACUCCACCGCGUCCAACGGGGCCAACCGAGGCUGAGAGAAAGAUCGAGGAACUUACCAGACAGCUGGAGGAAGAAAUGGAGAAAAAUGAAGAACAAGGGGAAUAUUUCGGAAUUUGUCACACCUGCAAGGAAAAGGUAACCGGGGCCGGAGCAGCAUGCCAAGCUAUGGGGAAUUUGUACCACACCAACUGUUUCAUCUGCUGUUCCUGCGGUCGGGCUCUGCGGGGUAAAGCGUUCUACAAUGUUCACGGUAGAGUUUACUGCGAGGAGGAUUACAUGUACUCGGGCUUCCAGCAGACGGCCGAAAAAUGCGCCAUCUGUGGUCACCUCAUCAUGGAGAUGAUCCUGCAGGCUAUGGGCAAAUCCUAUCAUCCGGGAUGCUUCCGGUGUUGCGUGUGCAAUGAGUGUUUAGAUGGCGUCCCUUUCACCGUAGACGUGGACAACAAAAUCUACUGCGUGAAUGAUUAUCACAGCAUGUUUGCGCCAAAAUGCGCAAGCUGCGGCAAAGGAAUCACACCGGUGGAAGGCACGGAGGAAACGGUUCGGGUUGUUGCUAUGGAUAAAGACUUUCACGUGGAUUGCUACAUCUGUGAGGAAUGUGGCAUGCAGCUGACGGAUGAGCCAGAUAAGCGGUGUUAUCCGUACGAUGGAAGACUGAUGUGCCGGUCGUGCCACAUUCAGAAAAUAUCCUUACAGGACAUGCACGGACGGAUGGUCGAGCCGGUUUCGGCCACAUAUCAAUAUAUGGGUUAGAGGGUAGAUGUGAACUAAGAAACAUGAACACCAUCAGCGCUAAUGGCUGAUUGGAUACUUAUCAAUAAUGAAAGCAUUUUUUAACUCUAGAAAAGGGUACGAAAACUAAGGUCACCAAUAGGAAACAAUAGCACACUGCCAAGAAGCUUUACUGAAAAACACGGCUGAAUGUAAACCGAAUAACUCAGUUUUAAUCUGCGCUAGUUGCUUCCCAACCGAAUAUCACUUUCCAAAGUUAAAGUCAAUACUAUUACGAUCAAUGCAAAAUUUGAGCUAGAAACAUUACAUUAAAUCUUGUCUUUAUAUAACCAUUGAACUUUUAAACAUACAUACUCAUACAUGUAUUGGAAACCAAUCGCUUCAUGCUGCUUCUUUUGAUCAAGUUUAUGUAUUUAUAUGGUUGGAACGAAACAUUCAAACUUACAUUUAAAAAAGUGAAAGAAAAAAAACAUUCCAUUGCUGCCCCGUCCCUCGUGGGGGAAAAAAAAUCCUUGCAGUUUAGAUUAUUGUUGUUCGCUUACUAAAAACUCCUGUAAACUGUGCAAAAAAAACGAAACAAUAAAAUCAUUAUUGUGUUACGCUUCUGUGUACGGCAAGCAUUCUUUGAAUUGUAAUUAUUAAAGUUGGAUUUAUACUCGACAA